AUGGAGAAGUUUUCCAAUUGGAGAGACAAAGGCACGGGCAUUUCGCCCUUCAUGCCGGUGGACAACCCACAGCAACCCUUUAAGAAGUUUCUUGUCAAUCCUGUGGUUGUUGCCGUCAAAUUGCCCUUGUUGUACAUUUUGUAUGCCUUCACCUUGAUAGCACCAAAACCUGUGCUUCUGGUGAUACUCAAGCACAUUUUCGGCGUUUCAGAUAUUGACUUGCUGGUUGAGGGAGUGAGGAAACUGAAGACAGCUGAGAUUGACAGGAAGAGGCCAGGUCUCAACCACUUGGUGGUUGCAAAUUUCAUCUCACCCAUCGAUGUGUUGCUCUUGUACGUGAUCUCGGCCGCCACUUCAAUCAAUUCUGUCGUCGUGGUGCUUCCUCAAGACGGAAAGUUACAUGCAUUGAGCUUCUGGCAAUUUGCCAAGGUUCCCUUCUUGGAGCCCGAUGCUCCUUUGCCUGGAGCAGAGCUCAACGACUAUGCUGCUCUCAAGAACAAGUUUGUCAUUUUGUUCCCAGAGGGCACGCCUUCCAACAACAAGGCCGUGCUUCCUUUUAACAAAAGCAUUGACCCCAAGUUGCUUCAGCUUUCUGGCUUCUCGUACCUGACCAUCGUCCUCAGAGUGUACCCCAACCUCAUCACAUUGCCCGUUCCAAACGUGACACUGUUUCAAUAUUUGUGCAAGUUGUUGACUGUUGGCAAGGUCUUUGUAAAAGCCAAAAUCGUGCCACAUGUGGAUCUGAAACCUUUUUCCAUCAAGGCUGCCAGAGAGGUGUUCCCAGACAACGGCUUGUCAUUAGUCGGUGACGACAUGAACGUCAAGGAGAAGACAAAGUUCUUUGCAUACUAUAAGGGUUAUGCUUUGUCCCAGGUCACCAAAGGUUAG